CUUGAGGUGUUCGACAAAAUGGGUUUGAACAAAUCACAGAUGAAAACCCUUGUUUCUUCUUCCCCUCAAUUAUUAUGUCAUCAUGUUGAAGAAAACAUUAAACCCAAAAUUGAAGCUUUACAACAACUUGGCUUAUCUAGGUCUGACCUUGUUACAUUAAUAACAAAAGUCGAUUUCAUGAAAAGAGGUUUGAAAACUAUUCUAAAACCUAAUCUUAAUUAUCUAAUGGAGUUAUUGGGUAGUCAAGAUUCUGUAGCUAAGAUUGUCAUGAAAGAGCCUAGGUUGCUCUCUAGAAAUCUCCCUAAAGUAAUACCACCCAAUAUAUUAUUGUUGCAAGAUCUUGGCUUUUCAAGAAUGGAUAUUGAGACGAUUUUUAAUAGGCAUCCUAGGUUUCUGCUUAAUAACCCUGAAUGGCUCGAGAGAGCAGUGCAUCGACUAGAAAAGAAUUUUCAUAUGUCUCGGGGGUCACGGAUGUUUCUUCAUGGAUUUGUAGUACUUCGGUCGCUUGAUGAAUCCAAAUUACAAAGGAAAUUAAAUAUUUUUCAGAGUUUUGGAUGGUCUGAUUCUGAUAUCUGCAAGAUGGUGAGAACGGUUCCUUACUGUUUGACUACAUCAGAGGCUAAGAUAAGGAUUACAUUGAAGUUUUUCAUGAACGAACUGGGGUAUGAACCUAGUUAUCUGGCCUCUAAUGCGCCACUUUUAAAAUAUAGUUUUGAGAAGAGAGUCGUGCCAAGGAAUGAAAUCUUGAAUUUUCUUAAAGAAAACCAAUUGGUAAAAGGGAAGCUAAGUCUUUACACUGUUGUCAAAUGUACUGAAUUGCAAUUCCUAGAGAAAUAUGUGUUGCCUUUCAGGGAGACGAUGCCCGAGGUGUAUGAUUUAUACAUGAAAACUAGAAGCUAGAAGAGAAUCGUUAUGGUGGAGAGCGGAGACUUCAACUGUAGACCAGUGUAUGCUUAAGAGGUUUAUUCAAUAUCAUAGAUUCAUUUCAUGCCCUUGUCAAGCAUAUUACUGCUUGUUUACUUUUCAUUGCUGGAGAUCUAUUAUUGAAUGAUGUCUUUUAAAAAAGCUAUCGAGGAAAACUAGAAAUUAAGAUCAGUUUCAUUUUCAAAAUUUUCCGAAAUUCUUCAUUGCUGCUGCGCAAUUGGAUUCUAGGUCAUGUCAUAUUUUGGUACAUCUCGACUUCCGAAUGUGAUCACAAAAAUGUCACUUUCAGAAGACAUUUUGAAAAUCUAGAAUCUGAGCAUUUUGGUUGAGCCAAAGCAAUUAUCACCUGAAUACCUCUGUGAUUGAAGCAAUGCUUACAGAUAUCCAUGUGUUAUGUGAUAAGGAAUUCUAAAAAAAGAUUAAGAUUAAAUUAAGAAACUCCUUCCAAACCAUGAUAAAAGUUUGGGUUGGUUUGAUUUUAACACCAUUUGCCGUUUGUUGAAAAGUUCAAAAAGUUGCAGGCAAUAGUGUUGUUCGGCUGAAGCCAUUAAAGGGGAGCCCGGUGCACAAAACAUCUCGCGUUAGCUAGGUCAGGGGAAGGACCGCACCCUAAAGAGUGUGAUGUAGACAGCCUAACCUAAUGUUAGCAUUAAUGGAUGCUUUCGCGGUUAGAACCCAUGACCUAUAAGACACAUGGAGACAACUUUAAUACUCAAAUUCAAACAAAACCAAGAUGUAGUUAAGGAAAUAAAGCUGCAUAUAUUAGUAGAAUGUGACUUUUCUGUUGCUUUGUUAGGAUAAAGCUGUUAGAGAUAAUAUGAAGCUUACUUUGCUGCUUUUCUUAAGAGGUUCUAUGUUACAAAUUCAUAGAUCAGGUCUCAUGAACCUGCCAAAGUAUGAGUACAAUUUGGUUUAUACUCUGUUAAAUAAAAUCUCUACAGUUUUCAAGCAACCAUAAUUAUUAAAAUUUGUGUACAGGUGAAAAAAGGCUACAAACAUGGAAGUCUUGAGCCAGUAACAUUGUCUUUCGCAAGAGGCUCCCAAAUUGCAUCAAUGGUACUAAUAAUUUUCUUCUCAGGAUGAUAAGAAAACAUAAAGCCAGGGUCGAAGAAACCUUUGCGCCAGAAGCAAAUGACAUCCUAACAAUGACAAACUUCUCAUAUAUUUGUCUCUUACACUUUUAGGAGCAUGAAACAUUUGAAAUGUCUCUUUCUUGAGAUCAAACGAGCAUAUCUCUUGGCUGCAAUCUUCACAAAUCAAAUCCAAAUGAUGAAAACAACCAUUCAAAUUAAUAUGAUACGAGUAGUCAAAGAUAUCAGUGGCUGGAAACUACCUAGGUAGCUUUAUUGGCUCCGGUAGAAGUUUGUAUAUAUGAUCCUUGAGUAGGACUUAGGUUCUGUAACGAUAGUAUUGGAAUAACCAGUUAUGUGCUCAAUGGUAUGAGUGCAAUAAUUUGUUCUUUUGAUACACAUCUUCUACUUAUUCACGCUA